UUGAAGGUGGGGGUGUCUGGAGUAGAGCCUGCGCGUAGAUUUAACUCAGAGACGCAGUUGCUGCUGUCACAAUUGCUCCAGGAUUCUAAAUUGUGCAGAUCUCUUCUUCACACCGCAAACAUGGAUCUGAAACUAAUCGUAAUAUUCGCUCUGAUGGCGGUCGUCAUUCAUGCACCGGUUUCAAAUGCCAAGCCAAUUAGCCUGGUAGAGAGAUGCUGGUGCCGUUCCACAAUCAACACAGUCCCACAGAGAAGCAUUCGCGAGCUCAAGUUCCUCCACACACCAAACUGCCCCUUCCAAGUCAUUGCUAAACUGAAGAACAACAAGGAGGUGUGCAUUAACCCAGAGACCAAAUGGCUGCAACAGUACCUGAGGAAUGCCGUGAACAGAAUGAAAAAAGCCCAACAACAGCAGAGCUAAGAAGUCUGUCCAGAUGACAAGAGAAUCUGACAGCCCACCGUCACAGAUAUGUACCAUAUAGUCCUCUGGCAUGCUUGCUGACCCAGCACUUAACCUGCCAAAUAUGCAUCCCCAGUAAAUGACCACCAGACCAUCAUUGCCACCCAUGUAGUCUCCUCUGUUAGCACCAAGUGCAAUUUUAUAUGUAUGACUGUAUUUUUUUCUUUUUUACAUAUGAUGUAUAUACAAUGUUUUUAUAUAUCGUCUUAAAACAGUAAAGAGCUAUUUUUGGAGUCGUGCUUGCUCCUUGUUUGUUGGGUUAUGUUGGGUUAGGCAGAACGGCAAUGAGAUAAUGAGGUAUUUUGGAGCAAACAUUCAAAACUCUGAAAUAUAUUUUAAUCUCAGAUGUUAAAGAAUAUGUGACUUUACAUUAGCAGGACUGAAUUUCUGACAAUUCAUAUGCAUGCAAGUGCUUUGACAGAAAAAUAAGGGCAUUGAUUUUUUACUAUUUCGUUAUGUAUUUUACUACUUCAUAACUUAGACAUCUGUAACAGCAUAAACUACAUGUAAACAUUAUAUAGCAUAUCAAAAAAAGAGUCACUUGUUUUUGUUCUUGGAAAGGCAGGUUACUUUGCAAAACAAACAUGAACAUUUACCCAAAUGGUUUUUGAAUGACUUUAUGUAAUAGGUUUGGUGGAAGGCAUUCGAACACCGAUAGAAAGUCUUUUGCAACGUUCUGUAUAUACCAAAACAUCUGUGCUUGCAAAUGUUAAUGGACCGAUCAGAGUGUGUGUAAGGAGCUUGGUGUCACAACAUAAUAAAUCUUGCUCCGGCAGAAUUAUGUAAUGAACAGAGACAUUAGAGACGUCAGUCAACAAAGAAAAAACUAGAGGUUAGUGAAUUAAAAGCAGUGUUCUGCAAAUACUAAUUCAUUCAAUGAUGAAAACUGAAUUUAAAGCAUGGUAGGCAUGCUAAUCUCAAAAAACUAAACAAAAUAAAAACAGCAGUGUUAGUGGAACAUUUGAGGCAGACCUUGAGGUAGAACUAAUUGAUGUAAUGACUACCUACUGUAUAUAUAACAAUGCACUUUAUAACCCCUUGUGACAUUGACAGAAAAAAAAAAGAUUCUGAAUGACACGCAUGACGUAGUGAAUAGUUCUAGUGUCUUUGUUUAGAUGUAGUUAUGACUGUAUUGCCAAAUGUAUUAAACAUCUGUAUCUUCAGCAUCAGAAUUAUUUUGGGGUUUAUUUAAUUUGAUUCCCCCCCUAGUGAAGAACAACCUAAGUGAGUCCCUUGGAAAACCAUUUUGUCUAGGAAUACACAUAAUGUGAACACCAAACAUUUAGCAAAGCAUGUCAAUGCCUUCUACCUCUCCAAAGAAAAUGAGUGUAUGGAAUUUGUGUUACAUUACUCCCAAUUUCAUAAUGUUUCAAAAUAUAUAUAAAAAAAAAAACAGACCUCAGAAACACAACCCUGAGGCACAAAAUCUAUAAAAAACCAGUACAGUACAUCUUGCAAAAAAUAUCAUGCACUCUUUGAAAAUGGCUAUUUCAGAAUGUGGUUAAAGCCAUAUAAUUAAUGAAUAUUUUUCAACAUUUAGAAAAUGAAAACAGACACAAUAAAUGUGAUGCCAAUAAAUAAACCAUUUCCAGGAUUAAACAGCAAAGUAAGGGUCGUUUAAUAUAUAUAUAUAUAUAUAUAUAUAUAUAUAUAUAUAUAUAUAUAUAUAUAUAUAUAUAUAUAUAUAUAUAUAUAUAUAUAUAUAUAUAUAUAUAUAUAUAUAUAUAUAUAUAUAUUCCAUCAAAUUGCCAAUAUUCUCAAUGUUGUAACAUAAGUAACUGUGGAAUAUACCGUCCUUCCACUCAUUUUUCCCACUUAAUGUGAAGAUUACUUCUGUGUAAAUGGCAGCUUAAAGCAUAUCUGUUGUUCUUUCUUUUGUAAGUUUGUAUAUUGACUUGAUUUAAUCCCUUACAUGUUGAUUUUGAAAUAAAUCAUGAUGAAGAA